CCGGUGACGCGUGCUACGUCACGAUCAAAACCAAAACAUCUGUUGGUUUGGAAGACGUAACAUUACGACUGGAGGUAGCCGCCUAGCUAAAUAACAAGAGGCAGACAGAUAACACGCACACCUUCAACCCACACGGCAAUUCAGUUUCUACCCUGCCUUUUAAACUUCAGAAGCAGGAUAGGGAAGCAAGGCGGAGAGGCAGCUGCUGCUGGUGCAGCAAGCCUGGUGGACAAGAUGGCAGAAAGCCCUGAGAAAAGUGUGUCUGUCUCAGCUCAGGAGCUGAAGGAGCAGGGCAAUCGCCUUUUUCUAAACCGCAAGUACCUGGAGGCUGCAGCGUGCUACAGCAAAGCCAUUGCCCACAGUCCAUCUGUACCAGCGUAUUAUACUAACCGGGCCCUGUGCUACGUGAAGCUGCAGCAGUAUGACAAAGCCCAGGCAGACUGCAAGCAUGCUCUGGAACUGGACAGCCAGUCGGUUAAAGCCCAUUUCUUCAUGGGCCAGUGUCACUUGGAAAUGGAGAACUACGACGAAGCGAUUGGCAACCUGCAGAAAGCCUAUAACCUAGCAAAGGAGCAGCGGCUGAACUUUGGUGAUGACAUUCCCAGCGCCCUCCGUAUAGCUAAGAAGAAGCGCUGGAACAGUAUGGAGGAGAAGCGAAUCAACCAGGAGAACGAGCUGCACGCGUACCUCACUAAACUAAUACUGGCAGAGAAAGACAGGGAGCUGGAAGGCUGCCGACAGAAGCAAGAGGACAAGUCUGAGGACAGCAGGAGUCAACACAAACUCAACAAGAUCCAGUCAAAACAUGACAAGUACCUUGCAGACAUGGAGGAGCUGUUCUCUCAAGUAGAUGAGAAGAGGAAGAAACGUGAGAUCCCAGACUACCUGUGUGGAAAGAUCAGCUUUGAGUUGAUGAGAGAGCCGUGCAUCACACCCAGCGGCAUCACCUACGACCGCAAGGACAUCGAAGAGCACCUGCAGCGAGUAGGCCAUUUUGAUCCAGUAACACGCAACCCACUGACCCAAGAUCAGCUCAUUCCCAACCUGGCUAUGAAGGAAGUCAUCGAUGCUUUUAUUUUGGAGAAUGGUUGGGUGGAAGACUAUUGAGCAUUGGCACAAGAAGACGGAGUGGAAAGAGGAGAGAGAGAGAAAGUAGGGACCACCUUUGCUUAAGCUCGUCAGACAACAGCCUUCACUUGGACUGUGCUUCUUCCAUUUGUCCUGUUCUCCUUCCAUUUCAGGCCCAAGUUCGUUUUGGUUUUCAUGAAUAUUCAUAAUCAAGUGACUGGGAGAGACGUGGAACUGCCCGUACAAUUCUUUGUGUCAAAGGACUUGGCGUGACUGAAUCACAAGCUUUGGUUGGUGGUAACUAACUGCCUGAAGCAUUUGAUCAGAUGUCAUAUUGCAUGUGGGCUAAUCAGUCACUGUGUUUCUGAUAUCUGAAAGUAAUGCACUGUUGAUUACAUUUGAAUGAUUUCUCAUGGAAUAGGGCAUUAAGGUCCAGAUUCACUAAGAGCCUGUUUAAACUUGGUUUUAACAUGCAUUUCAUGUGAUCGGGUCACAAGUGCACAGCAUUAAAUUCCAGUGGCACAUGGUGAUCCAGUCAGUCAGAGCAGUGUGCUCUGGGCUCUGGGAGCUGCAUUUGACCACAUAUCAUUUGUAGGGCUUCCACACUCUCAAGUUGACUUUCAGUAAACCAUGGGCCUCGUUUUGAAGUGACUUUGCCCUGUACAGACCCAAGAGAUGUUUUGGUUUGUGUUCAGUGUGAAAUCAUUUUAUUAGUUGAAUAGUUUUUGCAUAUUUCUAGUGAUAUUUUCACUAAAUUUGUGAUAUCUUUUUUUAACUAAUGUACCUGUACAGUUUUCUUGUCAUUUUUAGUAUUUGUUUUGCUACUUGUGAAGGUUUUCCUUGCUAUUUUUUUUAUUUUUAUUUUUAGUUUGUUUGUUUUGUUUUGUUUUGAACUAAUGUUCCUGUUUGUUGGUUGUUUGUUUUUUUUGUUUUUUUGCUAAAUUGCCAAACACUGUUUGCCCAUGUUUUUGAAAGAAAUCAAUUGAAGUUGCUCAGGUUUCAAAGAGUUACAUUGUUUUGAUGUCACAGUUAAACACUGGGAUUACAGCAGAAAGAAGAAAAUGUUAAAAUGAUCCCUCAUACAUUUUCUGCAUUUUAACAAUUUCUAGUGAAUUAAAUUACCGUGUAAUUCAGCGGUUCCUCAUUUUGCUGAGGAGCCCCUGCAAGCCCACCAAGGACCCCUGGGGGUCCCUGGACCCCUCUUUGAAAACCACUGAGCUAAGACACUUUCCAGACACAUGACAAAACAAGUGUGAGCAGUGUUUGGAUCACUGAGAUGAAUGUUAAAACCAAGCGGUAACAAGGUCAAAGAUUGUGUUGUAAGGCCUCUGCCAGGCUCAGACCACAGGACUUCAGAAAUCCUAGAAUCGCUGUUCCGCUCAAACUACACAACAAUUUGUCCUGUAUUUUACAGAUUUUCAUCUUUGUGGUACAUAGAUGAGGUGAACUACAUGACCUGUCUUCUGGAAGGACACCGCCAAAGUCUGAAAUUUCUACCCACAAAGCCUCACUAUUUUGUGCCACAAAAACCAAGACAAAAAGGUGGAAAGCCAGAAUAUGGCAAAGAGACUGGAAGACUUGAAAAUCUGAAAACUGUCAUCUGAGCCUGGCAUAAGCUGUGUUUGUUUGUGCCUCAGCUCUUUGGGCUAAAAUGCAUUUUAACCGCCACUUUUACUGGAUUGGACCUGGGUUCUGUUUUCUCCGUUUCAUCUUUUUGUUUGUGAGCUAUCUCAGAAGGCUCUCAACAGGUUUAUAUGAAACCUUGCAGAAAGGUUAGUCAUGGGCCAAAGAAGAACUGAUCGGUUUUUCACUCUGAUUGUCCAAAGUAGGCCAUGGCAUGUAACUUUCCAACAGAUUCACUCAAUAUCAUGAAACUUGAUGGAAAGGCUUAUCAUGUGGCAAGGAAAAACAGAUUAGCUUUUUACACUGUUUGGCCAAAGAAAAGGUGUGGCGGUAGGCAUGGUUAACUUUAGAUGAAUAUCCAACAUGUGGAACUGGCACACCUUGACAGUUACACAGCGUUGGUGGAGGUAUGUCUUCUACUGAGUGCAUUUCUCUAGUUAGUCUUGCACAGACAGUACUCAAAAAGAGCACUGUGGAAACAAUUAGCCUCCAGCUCACCAAUACCAAGUGCUUACUGCUCAAGAAUAAUCCACACAUUCUGGCAAUCUUGUGCCCUAAAUGUGCUUGAUAAUCGGAACCUGAUCUGAUCUGAGAGUCUGAGAGUGAAAACUCUCUCCUGUCUGACGUAUUUGGCAUCGAUACUGCACCCUGCAGCCAUGACAGCCAUUCUGAAUGCAAGUCUUCAAGUGAAGUCCCUCUGGUUCCUUUCAUAAGAUCCUAAAUGUGCUACAGUCAUUUGGGUAAGUUGGUGCUGUGGCGUUUUAGUCAAUUGCGUGCAGUGUCGAUGUGCAUGCCUGUCUACAAAUAAAUGUGUGCAAAUGUUAUGUGCAUAUACAAGAGCAUGACAGGUAAAUUUAUUUUUAAAGCAAGGCUGUUAAGCUGUUUGCCAUUCACCUCACAUGGUCAGUGAGCAGCAUGGCAUUCUGAUUUCGGCAUUUUGAUGGUAAAUUGUGAAAAUCUUUUGAAUUUCGGUGGAACUCCAUCCAUAUGCCAAACCCACUUUGCUAAAGUAAAUCAUAAGAAAAUGUUUUGCACACAGUCCGUAGGCUAAAAUGUUGCACAUCUGCUCAUUAAAAAAGACUCAGCAAUAUUUAGGACAUAUAGGUCUGCCAAUAAACAUCAAUUUCAGUUGGUCAUCCACAUUACAGCUGAGUAUAAAUUACAAUCAUACAGAGGUAUCUAUAUAUAUAUCAAGGAUUUUAACAACUCAUGAUAAUCACAAACUUCAAAUGACUGGAAGAAGCUCAUGGUCUUCAUGUUGCAACAGAAAAACAGUACUGCUACGAUCACUGAGUGAUGUGUCAUACAAUCAGAAGUCUUGAUUCCUGAUCAUGCUGUGAUCAUGCUUUGUGGACAGCUCCUUGGCUAUGGAGACAGUUAACAAUUGUUAAAUCAGCUUCCUAGUGAUGUGAAUACUAGCGUUGCACUGAUAUGGGUUUUCAAAUCCACUGCAUCUGUUCAGCAUCUAUAAAUUGGACCAUUACACCAAGAAUUCAGUAUUUCUCCCAGAAUUGUAUGUAGAUCUGGGUGGAAAAACUUCACUCUCCAUUGAAAUCAGGAGUAAAAUGAUAUCCUGUUUGGGUUAGCAGAAACACCUCGCCUGUUCAGCAGUUGAAGAAACUUGAACAUUUUGCUGCCUUUUAAUUGAAAAAUGAUUUAAACAUGUAAAAUGGGGAAUCCAAAUCAAAUUUCUUGAGUUUUUCUGAGGCUGUAGGACCCUCAGAAACUCUCCAUCAUACAGUCAUAUCAGCAUAUCAGGUGGACGACACUGUCUGCAAAAUAGAAUAAGUUUUAAUAAAACAAUGACAUUCUAACUCUAGUGGAUUCAACUAAAUCCUUUGGACAGUUCUCAGAGCAAAGUGUGCAUUUUGAGUUCUUACUUAAUGAUUUUAUUUCUUUCAGCAUAAGUAGAGGUGUCAGGGAGCAUGAAUGGAGUAGGAUGGACAUUGCUCUGUGUGCUGUGGUCAUCUGGUUGGUACAGAAUAAAAUAGUUGUUAACUUGCUAUGGUAACAAGUCAGUAAGAACGUUAAAUGUGUCACUUGCUUGACAACUGUACAGAUAUGUUGUACUGUGAAAGAACUGUAAAAUAAUUGUAAACCUUUGAAUCUCUGUCCACGUGUCUCACAAGAGCUCAGUAUAAGAUUCUACUUUUCCAGUUAGAUCCUCUGAUCGUGAUCAGCAUCACCAAAUAUACAUUCUACUUAAUAUAACUCCUUAAAUGCUACCAAGUCUUGUAGUUUAGCCCAGCUUUAGUGAAGACAAAAAGUGUUUGUUCAGUUUAAACAGUUAACGUACCAUGGCAAUGAUGCACACAAAAAUGUCCACUGCUCCAACCAUCCCAGCAUUCAUUUGAAAAGCCCUUUACACUCCAUUCAAGUUGUGUGAUUCUAUUUUUCCAAAUAAGUCAGCAUUUGAAGUGCAGUUUGAAGUCCUGUGCUUUUCGUUGUAAUGAUCCAGAAUGUGGCCUUGUGGGUUUUGAUACUUGAGCGGUACUAGUACAGAGCUGUACUAUAAUACAAUAGCAGACCUGUGCUGUGCUAUCAAGUAUAAUACCAAAGCAAACUGUAGAGAAAACUGCUGUAGAGAAGUCCUGCUAGAGAAGUAAUACUAUACUUACACACAGUAAUACUAUAAUUACAAAUCACUAGUAACAGUGUAGUAAAGGCCAAGUGGUAGAAUACUUCAUUAGUAUUUGAUAGGCUACAUCUUUAAAAUUUAGGAAGGGAUUUUGAAAAUGAAUAUUAAUGCACUAUAUGUUACAAUCUAUGUGUGCCUGGAGAAGUGGGGUUGUCCUUUGAUUCAAUAAAGAUGUUACUGUGUAACUUCAUGUCAUUGAACCAAUAAAAAUAGAAACUCA